UUUCCAAGCUUCCUCAUCCUCUCGGGAGUCGGAAGAAGUGUGCGUAAAAAGCGCGCAUGUUAAAUCCUCGUCUCCUCCACUUGGUUCUCUCCUCUCUUCAGUGCGCCGUGGCCAUGUUUGAUUCUUUAUUUCCUGCCAGCUCUUUUGCGCCCUGACCUUUAGUUCGCUUAUAUUUGUUUCGCUUGUCUGCUCCGUGCCGGUUUGUUGCAACCUGACCGAGAUCAGCGCGUCAUGUAACCAACUCAGACCGAGUUGUUUCGCACAUCUAUUGAUCAUGUGCUUGUCUUUACUGGGCCAAGAGGCUGAUUCUGGCAAGUGGGUCUUUUGCAUUUACUACAUUGUUUUCCCCAAAGAGACUUCCAGAAGAAUCAGGUGUUAAGCCGCUUUGCUAAAAAGUUUGAUGGAGAGCUGGUCGGAUGACAGCUGGAACUGUUGUUAUAACUGGAGGAAUACUGGCCACAGUGAUACUUCUGUGUAUCAUAGCUGUGCUCUGUUACUGUCGACUCCAGUACUACUGCUGUAAGAAGAAUGGGUCUGACAGUAGCUCCAACUCCCUGCAGCACUUUGAAUGCAACGCAUGCGGCGUCUCCGGCCUGGACGGCCCCAUCGACACCCCGCUGUCGCUUUCCCCGCCAGAUCCGCCGGCCACCUCCAAAGCCGGGAAAGCGGCGGCGGGGCGUAGCCGCUACUGCCCCACCUGCUCCCCCUACGACUCCCCCUUUUUCCUCCGCACCAGCGAUGAGAUGCGGAAUGGUGGCGAGCGCAUUACCUACAUGCCCACGCACUACGAGAACCAGGCUCUGGUCAUGCCGCUGCCAACCGGCCGAGGCUCCCUGCUGAGAGAGCCCCGGCGGAGCAGAACACCUGAUUUCUACUCUAACACUGGAGCCAUCAGCACACAGGUGUGACACUGCAGCUGCCGAGCAGAAGCAGUUUUAGCAUUGAAUUACUAUGCGCGAGUUGGAAUUCUCAAAUCUGGUUGAUGUUUUUUGUCAAAUUGUACACGUAAAAUACACAAUAUAUCGACUGUUAUUUACAGACUGAGGGCUAUUUUACCUAAAUCCUGGUUUACAUACUGUCUGCCAAAUACUGUACAUGUUGAAGGAGGCGUUAAAGAAUGAAGGGAUGCAAUUAUACGCGCCCUGUGAUUGGCUGGCAACCAGUCCAGGGUGUAUGCAGUCGUGUCUUGGAUUUUGUCAUCCCACCUAUUCUGGGUGUUUUCAAUGCAUGCGUUUGUUUUCCCACCUUUUCUGUCACUAUGAUCUGUGUCUAUGCAAUAUGUUUGACUGCUGAUUUUAGUCUUCUUGCAGCAGAUAUGAUCUCAUAAGCGUAUGGGCAAAACACCAAUAUACAAGCAUACCACCCUGGAAAAAGAAUGGUUCAAUAAACCGAUAAAAGCGCCAAUUUAUGAUAUUUAUACCUACUGCAAAAAAAAAAAGAGUUGACAAAAUGUAAGGGAAUCAAAUAGUAAAAACUAGUGAAAUUAUCUGUCCAUGCAGCUAGUUAUUUUACUUGGCAGGACAUCCUAAAUUAAGAUUUGUAUAUCUAGAUAUUAGCAGGACGUUUAAAGUAAAACAGCACUUUUUAUUUUUA